AUGCAGAAACAGAUCCGUGCGAAAAUCGUGCAGAUCCAGUUCCGUACAAAAUCCGGGCCGAAUCGAAGUUGUUAUCAAGAGAAGCUGAUCGGUGAUGAGUUCGGUUCAUGCAAGAUUGGUGAAGAUUCCGUGCAAGAUUCGAGAUCGAUUCUGGAUGUCAUGGUGAGUGACAGCAUCUAUACUUUCGAGGACGAAAGUCCUUUUGUCGAAAGAGAAGAGAGUCAUGAGAUCUAUCGAGAGAUCUAUGGCGAUCCGAUCUAUGAUAACUAUGAAGACGAUGUCUUGGACAUUGAUCAUGUCGAUUUUGUGUUCAAGCAAAGCGUUUUCAAAAACGUGUGCGCGUCAGCCGUGCAGAAACAGAUCCGUGCGAAAAUCGUGCAGAUCCAGUUCCGUACAAAAUCCGGGCCGAAUCGAAGUUGUUAUCAAGAGAAGCUGAUCGGUGAUGAGUUUGGUUCAUGCAAGAUUGGUGAAGAUUCGGUAUGUGAAGAUUCCGUGCAAGAUUCGGUUUGUGUUAAACCGAUGUGGAAAAACCGAUUGAAGAUUCGAGGACGAAUCUUUCUUGGCCGAUGA